AUGUCGUCGUCACAAUCGAGUCGCUUAUGGGUAGGACCAUUACUGCUCAUACUCGUCGUCGCCUUGAUUUACAUAUUUAGUUUAAUGCCAAAUUCAUCUCAUCAAAGGGAACUUCCGCCACUGAUCGAUGACGCUCAUCACAUGCGAACUUUUCGACUAGACGGCCACGAAAUCACGGAAUCAAUGGAGAACAUUAAAGAUGGAGACCAUCGUGAAUGUGUUUGUUCUGGACGCCUAUUUGGAAAAGCCUGCGAUUUGGUGUGUGUAGAAGGUUAUGUGGUCGACGGCCGAUGCAGGUGUAAAGAAGAAUGUGAAAUUCCGGCGAAGCGACGUGGUGCCGUGAAUUCUCGUCUUACACUAAGCGGCCUUUCCUUCUGUAUGAUCACUAUCGGAUUAUUAUGUGUUACGGCAAGAAGACAUCGUGCUGGACCCAUUCCACCGUCAGAAGACACCUGGUAUCGUGUUUUCCAACCGGCACAUACACGAGCUGCGAGACAUGACUUGAUAUGUGGCGGUUCGUGGAUUCCCCGCGACCGAGCUCUACUUGUCACACCUGGUCGAUCUGCCGUCGUUCAUGGGAGCAGUCGAAGUUCAAGCCGUGGACGACGUCCAGCUACACCGCCACCCAACUACACGUCAGUAGGCAAUUUAGUAGACGACCAGUUACCACCGACUUACGAAGAAGCGACACGAUACUUAGAGAACUCGCCGACAAGUGCCGCCUUAAUUCAGGAACUAAUCGACGAGACAGUGCAGACGCUAGAAGCGAAGGAAAUGUCCCCGGAAAUAGCCGAAACCAGCACGAAUACUACCACGACAAGUGUACCCACACAAACAACGCAACCUGACGAGAACAUCACUACAACUACCACUCCGACGGCCAAUAUUUUUUCUGGAUCAAGCUAA